AUGGCUGAAGUUACAAUCACAGGUUGGGAUACUCGCGAUGUUCGAUUUCCCACUUCUCUCGACAAGACAGGUUCAGAUGCUAUGAACGCUGCUGGAGAUUACAGUUCUGCAUACUGUAUUCUCAAGACCGAUUCUGAGUUUUCCGGUCAUGGCAUGACUUUCACAAUUGGUCGUGGAAACGAUAUCGUAUGUGCUGCAAUCGACCAUGUCGCCGAUCGUCUCAAGGGACGUACCCUUUCUUCCCUCGUCGCGAACUGGGGUCAAACCUGGAGAUAUCUCGUUUCCGACUCACAACUUAGAUGGAUUGGUCCAGAAAAGGGUGUUAUUCAUCUUGCCCUUGGAGCCGUCGUCAAUGCUAUCUGGGAUUUGUGGGCAAAGACACUCAACAAGCCUGUCUGGAGAAUUGUUGCAGACAUGAGCCCUGAGGAAUUCGUCAGCUGUAUCGAUUUCCGUUAUAUCACUGAUGCUAUUACACCUGAAGAGGCCAUUGCCAUGUUGAAGGCUGAAGAGGGAGGAAAGGCAAAGAGAAUUGAAGAUGCCUUGAACAACAAGGCUGUUCCUGCUUAUACCACAAGUGCCGGAUGGUUGGGUUACGGCAAAGAUAAGAUGAAGGGGCUCUUGGAGGAAACUUUGGCCAAGGGAUACAGACAUUUCAAACUUAAGGUUGGAACAUCUGUUGCGGAUGACCGAGAACGUUUGUCAAUUGCUAGGGAGGUUAUUGGCUACGACAAGGGCAAUAUUCUUAUGGUUGAUGCAAACCAGGUUUGGUCUGUCCCUGAAGCUAUCGAAUAUAUGCAACAACUCAAAGAGUUCAAGCCAUGGUUUAUCGAGGAGCCCACUUCUCCUGAUGAUAUUCUCGGCCACAAGGCUAUUCGUGAAGCUCUCAAACCAUAUGGAAUCGGUGUUGCAACUGGUGAGAUGUGCCAAAACAGAGUUAUCUUCAAACAACUUUUGGCAAGCGGAGCCAUCGAUGUCUGCCAAAUUGAUGCCUGCCGAAUGGGAGGUGUCAAUGAGGUCUUGGCUGUCCUCCUCAUGGCCAAGAAGUUCGGUGUACCUAUUGUUCCACACAGUGGUGGUGUCGGACUUCCAGAAUAUACUCAACAUUUGAGUACCAUUGAUUACGUCGUAGUCAGUGGAAAGUUGAGCGUUCUCGAAUAUGUUGACCAUCUCCAUGAGCACUUCGAGCACCCAUCUGUCAUCAAGGGUGGUUACUACCAGACUCCAUUGGAGCCAGGCUACAGUGUUGAAAUGAAGGCAGCAAGCAUGGAUCAAUUUGAGUACCCAGGAAAGGAUGGAGUUAGUUGGUGGAAGAGUGAGGAGGCUAAGCCUAUCUUGGAGGGCAUUAAGAUCUGAGUUAUGUUGUCGAUGGAGUUGCGAGGGGUGUCGAUGAUGUUAAUGUUGAGUCUUCGGCAGCAGGGCAACGAUGGCAUCCUGUAUGAUUAUAUUUCAUCCCAAUAGGGGUCGAGGGUUUUCAUGUUGGGCCCUCUUCCGCAGGGCAACGAUGGCAUCCUGUAUAACUUUUUCGUUAUCCUAAAA